UGAAUGAUCCACAUGGGCAAAUCUGACAGAAUGAAAUUUACAACACUUGAUACUUUUAGUGACGAAACUGAUGAGCCGAAAGCAACGACUUUAAUGCAACUGUGUGAGUGUGUGACUUUUAUUUCUAUUUUUUUUACAUCUUUAUUGGCAUAUGAUGUUGUAUUGAAGGGAACAUCAAAUCUAUUUGCCACCUAACUCACUAGAUUUCGGUUCUUGAUUUUAUUGGUUAUGGAGUGGGGGUGGGAGGUUGAACUUGAUAAAAGUUUGGUGGUUUCUAGCGACGGAAAUGAUGGGUGUUAUUCGUUUUCGGGGUUUUUGGAUGAACAAGAAGAUGGGUUGAAGCUUGGGCGACAGGCGUACUGUCGGGAAAAGUGUAGGGAUUUGUCGGUGAAGAGAUCUAGAGGUUCAUACCAAAGUUCUAUUUUGUCUCGGUGUCAGGUUGAAGGGUGUGAUCUUGAUCUUUCGUCGGCAAAAGAUUACCACCGUCGGCAUAGGAUUUGUGUUGAUCACACGAAAAGCCCGAAAGUUGUUGUUGCUGGGAUGGAACGUAGGUUUUGUCAGCAAUGUAGCAGGUUGCAUGAUCUUUCGGAAUUUGACGAUCAGAAACGUAGUUGUCGGAGACGCCUCUCCGCGCAUAAUGCUAGGAGACGUCGGCCACAGUUGGAGGACACAAAGCUCAGUUCAACAUAUCGAAGAGAACCACAUAUGGGUUUUCUGAUGGACCGGGUUUCCAUAUCGUCGCGGAAUUCAAAACCACAAAGCUCUUCAAGUUUCAAAGGUGGUUUGUCGGACAUUUCCUCGUCUAUCCAUGGAACUACACCUAGAAGGGUUAAUCAUGAUGGUCUAGAAGCAAUUUCUAGCUCAACUAAUGCGAUGGAAGUUCAUCAUUCAUUCUCCCUUGAAGGCGCGAGUUCAUGGGGUUUUAGAGGUUAUGAAGAACCCUCGUCCUUCGAUGAGUUCUUACAUGGACACGGCAUUAGCUUGACACAGGCUGGGAUGCAACUCGAGAUGCAAAGUACCCAUAACACUCAAAUACCACCUGAUUUCGACUGCUUUUGUUCUAAUUAAGCUUGGUUGUUGGUACACGACAAGCCUAGAUUCUAAUGAUGAUUUUGGGCGUUAAGACCGGGUGUUAGGUCAAGGAUUAAUAAUGUUUAUGUGGCGGAGUAGCCGCUUACGUUUAAGAUAUGUGUAUAUUUGUCAAGGGCUAGUAAUUGUGUGAUGUAUUGAAUUAACACAUGUGUAACUUAUUAUACUUCUUAAGGUCAUGUGAACUUAUGGGCCUAUGGCCGUAGGUUUAUAUAUCUUCUUGUUGAGUCCUUGGUAGCAAUGAAAAAAAUGCAAUACUUUAUUUCGUAUAUCA